GCGCUGUUCACUGUACGCUUUGAAUAGGUCAGUGGUCAUGGCAAACAUGGCUCUUUCGUGCUGCGCGAGAAUGAAAAAUGGAAUUAAAAUACUUAAAGCCACUGGUAAUUUCUCAAGAGUUGGUGCUAAAAUGCAGGCAAAUUACUGUGUCAGUGCCAGUUCAAGCCAGACGUAUCCUGGUAUCACAGAGUCAACAGAGGAGUACAAAUAUGUUGAAAGGUUGAUCCCACCAAGCAGCGUACCAACUCCACCCAAACAUGAUCAGUAUCCCACGCCAUCUGGUUGGCGUCCACCUGCAGCUGUUCCACCUGCUCUACCUUACAUGGUGCGCCGCUCACGUAUGCAUAACGUGCCAGUGUACUCUGACAUCACGCACGGCAAUCGAAAAAUGACCAUCGUCCGAAAGAUUGAGGGUGAUAUUUGGGCUCUUGAAAAGGACUUGAAAGACUUUUUGACGCAUACAUCAGGUACCACACCACUGAUGCAGGUCAAUGAAGUAAACAUGAGCAUCCGUAUCAAGGGUUCUUUUGACAAGGACUUGAAAUCUUGGCUGCUAGAGAAGGGAUUCUGAGAGCUCAUAGCUAUUGUAUGAACAUACCGGUGCUUCUACAAAAGAAGAACGUCCAGGUCUCAGGCACACUGAAUGGACUCACUGUAAUGGAAUUCCAAGUCUUUUGUUGAAGUUACAAUACCACUUCAAAUAAUGUGGUUAUCAAUAUGUAUAACAAAUAGAAACUGGAAUUUUGUUGACUUCAGCAUAUAAUGAAAAAAUAUUUCAUCAAUAAAACCCAUGUCAAAAUGAA